AUGGCCGGGAGAGCCUCUUCCGUGGAGCGCGUGAAGGAGCGUUCCACCGGCCUCGACAAGUUCGUCCUCCGCGAGGCCCGCGGCAGCUCCGCCGAGGUAUACUUGUAUGGAGGCCAAGUAACCUCUUGGAAAAAUAACUCUGGAGAACAACAGCUAUUUCUCAGUAAGAAGGCUUCUUUCAAACCACCAAAAGCGAUUCGUGGGGGCAUACAAAUUUGUUUUCCUCAAUUAGGGAACCACGGAGUUCUUGAACAGCAUGGAUUCGCGAGGAACCGACUUUGGAGUGUUGAUGAGAGUCCUCCUCUUCCAGAUACCACUUCUGAUUGUCAUAUUGACUUGAUACUCAAGCAGUCUGAAGAAGAUAUGAAGACCUGGCCACACAGUUAUGAACUUCGUUUGCAAGUUGCUCUUAGUCCGAGGGGAGAUCUGAUCCUCACAUCUCGAAUAAAAAAUAAGAAUGCUGAUGGCAAGCCAUUCCAAUUUACUUUUGCAUUCCAUACAUACUUUUCAGUCUCUGAUAUCAGCGAAGUACGGGUUGAGGGUUUGGAUACCUUGGACUAUCAUGAUAAUCUGCAAUCUAAGAUUCGUUGUACUGAACAAGGCGAUGCAGUUGUAUUCGAAUCUGAAGUGGACAGGAUAUAUCUAAGUGCCCCACCCAAGAUUGUGACAAUUGACCAUGAGAAAAAAAGGACAUUCGUAUUAAGGAAAAAGGAACUUCCUGAUGUUGUUGUUUGGAACCCAUGGGACAGGAAAGCAAAAGCAAUGCCAGAUUUUGGUGCCGAGGAGUACAAGUGCAUGCUGUGUGUAGGGGCUGCACGUAUUGAGAAGCCAAUUACUUUAAGGCCUGGUGAAGAGUGGCAAGGAAGGCAGGAGAUUUCCCCUGUGCCAUCCAGUUACAGCAGUGGACUGUUGGAUCCUGAAAUGAUUCAACAGAUGCAACGUAUCUAG